AUGGAGCAGACGAAGAGUGAGAGUGUCUUCGAGGAUGAUAACACGUUCUGCGACACCGACACCGCCGUGAGCACGUCUGACCACGGCCUCGAGGCAGAGCCGCGCCUGCCUCUGACGAAGGAGAUGCUGGAGCUCAUCCCAAACGGCGUCAUCAUCGGCCCGCGCGCCCCACACACCGUGGACACGAGCCAUAUGCAUGCAAACGACGGCACGGUGAGCGCGGCCGGAAGCGAGAGCCUCUUCGGCGGCGCCGAGCGCGAGGAGGAGGCGGCACCGGCCGAGCGGCUGUGGAAUGGGCGCCGUGAGAUGAAGCGCGGUGGCAGCACGACGAUGAGCACUGGCCUGCCGACGAGCUACCAGCGUGGGCAGCAGAGCGGCUACUCCGACGAGGAGACGACGCAGCACGCCUUCAACUGCGCGACUAACCGCACUGAUCUCAGCAGCUCCACCGCUACGUCAGUGAUCAGCCUCGACAGCGCGACACCCAGCGGCAUCAUGGCGUGUAGAGGCUGGGUGCGGCGCCGGAUGCAAGGGACGCCAACCGGCAGCCAGAGCCGCAGCAUGAACGCACGCACUGACUCCUUCUCCGCCAUCGCCACAACUCUCGACGAGCAGCUCCACAACGAAGAUAUGUCGUCACCACAGGCACGAAGAAGAUCGACGGCAUCCCACUAG